AUGUUUCGCAAGCUGGCUACUUUGAGCUUCCAAAAGCAUUGGGGUUCUGUGGGAGUUCCUGCACGACAACAGGAUUUUAUGUUAAAAGCUAAACAAUUAGUUGAUAAUGCUUUACUUCGAUUAGAUGGAAGAAGAAUUUCAUUCUUAGUUGGAGAUCCCGGUCCUUUAUGUAUUGCAGCUGUCAUCUAUCAUCGGCUAGGCAAUAACAAUAAAGUUCAAAAAUUUAUUGAUAGGAUUGUAUCGAUGAAAGAUAGUGUAUUAAGUCCUGAAAAUUCUGAUGAGUUAUUAUAUGGUCGCGCUGGUUAUCUUUAUGCAUUAAUAUUUAUAUGCAAAGAAAUUGGACCACAUAUUAUAGACUCUCAGCUUGUUUCAACCGUAUUUAAAUAUAUGAUUAAAUCUGGUGAAGAAUAUGCACGUCAAAUUGGUUCAAGAUCACCAUUAAUGUAUAAAUGGCACAAUGAAGAAUAUUUAGGAGCUGCUCAUGGUCUUUCUGGGAUACUCUAUAUUCUUCUAAAAGCUACUCAACAAUUUUCAUAUCUUCAGCAGUACAUUGGAACACAUUUGUUGCCAACAAUUGAAUACUUAAAAACCGCAAGACUACCUAGUGGAAAUUACCGUUCAUCGACAAAUAAUCCAGGAGAUAAACUUGUUCAAUUUUGUCAUGGAGCACCAGGUUUUGUGUACUUGUUCAUAAAGGCCUAUGAAGUAAUUAUAACAGGCAAUACAAGUUAUUUACAACAAGCUGUGAACGCUACUAAUGUUAUUUGGCAUCGAGGUAUAUUAAGAAAAGGUUACAGUUUAUGUCAUGGAACUGCUGGCAACGGUUAUAUAUUUCUAGCAUUAUUUAAAGUUACACAGGAUAUGAGAUAUUUACAUCGUGCAAUAAAAUUUGCUGAAUGGAUAUUGAAUUACGGAAAUCAUCCACUAUCUAUUAUACCUGACAAUCCAUUAUCCUUAUUUCAAGGUUUGGCUGGCACACUUCAUUUUAUGGCUGAUGUAUUAACUCCAAGAUAUGCUUAUUUUCCAGCAUUUGAAUAG